AUGGGAAACGCUUCUUCAACCGAAGACUUAGUCUUAAGCAUUGGAAGAAAGGUCGGCUCUGUAGCUUUGGCUGUCAGUUAUUUUACUCCAGCAGCAAUAGUCACUGUUCCAGCAACAGCAGUCGUAGGAACCAUAGGUGUAACCACAGAAAUCGUUGGUCAUGCCAUUGAUAAUGACACAACCAAGGGAGUAGGAGGCUUUUUUAGAGGUCUAGCAUUUGAUGCUGCUAUUGAUGGAGUUUCAGGUGGUGCUUUCGAAGGAGUAAAAUUAAGUAAAGCAACAGCCGAAGUAAUCAAAGUAGGAUGUGAAGCCUAUAGCAAAGCCAGUGAUGAGGUUGACAAAAUAAAUGGCGAAUAUAUUCCAACUCCUGACCCUCAGACAACUCUUUUGAUUGCUAAAAAUAUUAAAAACAUCUUUUAA